AUGAAACUGGUGAGCUAUCAAUUUGUUAGAUUAUUGUUUCUCUAUAUACUACUUUAUCAAAAUUAUAAUGUAAUAAACGCUUUAAAUAAAAAUAGGCAUGAUAUUAUACACAAUGGAAUACACCCAAAUAUAUAUUGUUCAAUAAAAUGGCACAAUAAAAAUAUUUCAGAAAAAGUAAACAAAACUAAAAAUAGGCAUGCACUAAAUUUUUUAAUACCACAAAAUAGUUUGCAAAAAAGGGACCAUAAUAAUAGUGCCAACAUAAUUAAUUACACAUUUAUUAAAAAUGGUAACCACAAAAAAAUAUUUAAUUGGGGAAAUAAUAAUAAUUUAUUUCUUUCCCCUUUUUCCUCUCAAAAUGUUAAAAGCCAUACGAAAUUAUACAACCAAAAAAACACACUGUCAGACAUAUAUUCCAAAAUUAUAGAAAAAAAUAAAUCCAAAAAUAGCCUAUUAAAUGAUAUGACCAAACUUUUUAAAAUAAUAAAAAAAAGUAAAUAUAUAUUUUGUUUGGGGUUUUUAUUAACUAUUAUAUCUUCUGUUAUGGAUUCUUAUAUUCCAAUUUUUUUAUCAAAAGCAAUUUCACAUGUAAUGAGUAAAAGUGGUGAAAUAAUUGAAAAAAUAAAUGACACACCUUUUAAAUCAGUUUUUUUAUUUUCCAAUUAUAAAAUUAAUAAACCGCUAUAUGCAUAUAUAUUAGUAUCAAUUUUUAGUUUAUUAUUUUCAUCCUUCAAAUCUUAUACAUUUAAUUUAUGUGCUUAUAUAAGUACAAACAAAUUGCAAAAUCACUUAUUUAGAGUAUUAUUGCACAAAAAUAUUAACUAUUUUAAAAAAAAAGGAACAGGAGCAUUGUUAAGCCGAUUGAAUAUAGACUCUUCUGAAUUAAUUGAUAUAUUUACUACUAAUAUAAUAGUGUUAUUACGGAAUGUUAUCAAAAUGUUAUUAUCUUUUUAUUUUCUAUACAAAAUUAAUGUUAAACUUGUGUUUAUCCCUUUAUGUAUUGUUUUAUGCAUUUAUAAUAUCUCAAUUUUAUUUUCAAGAAUAUUUCGAGCCAUAGCAAAAGAAGAGAGUAAUAAUCUUGCUCAAUCAAAUAACAUCAUCGAACAAGCCAUUAAUAAUUUCUCACUAAUAAAUACAUAUAAUACACAUAAUGAAGAAAUAGAAACAUUUAAUAACUCUAUUAAUGAUAUUUGUAAUACCCGAAUGAAACUUGGAUUUUUUUAUAUUUUAGAAAAAUUUAUAAUUCGAGCAAUUGACAUAAUUACAUUUAUUAGUACACUUAUUGUUAUUAAACAAACUAUUCAGAACAAUAAUACUCACAAUGAUAUUAGACAAGUUAUUUCAUCUAUUAUAUAUAUACAAAAAAUUAUAUCUCAAUCUUCUACUAUUGAACAACAAUAUUCACGGAUUCAAGAAUUAAUAGGAAAUGCUGAAGAUGUAAUUAAACUAAUUGAAAAAGAUACGUUCCAAGAUAAUCAAAAUAAAUCUAUUCAUUUUAAAAAUUCAUAUACUAACUUUUUUAAUUUCACAAAUUUAAAAAAUUUUAUUUUCAAUUAUCCUAUUUUAAAAAAAAUGGAAGCUAUUCAAAAAAAUACAAACUAUGUUACUAAUAUUAUAAAACCUAAUUAUAUUAAACUUUUUGAAAGAAAUUAUAAUAAUUUAUCAAAAUACAUAAUGGAUGAUAAAGUUGAAUUGGAAGAAGUUCAACCAAAUAAGGAAAUUCUACAUGAACAAUUCCAAAUUGUUAAUAAAACUGGACAUACAGAUAACAACACAAAUAAAGAAAAUGGACAUAUUCCUGAAAAUUCAACAAAAAUUAAAAAAAAUAAAUUUGAUAUAAGUAUUCAAGAAAUACAUAGUUUUAUCAAAAAUGAUCAUGAACUUAUAAUAAAGUAUAAAUUAGAUAAAAAAUUCACAAACUUUUUAAAAACAAAAUAUAAAAAAUAUAUUAUAUCACUCAUUGUAAAAUUAUAUGAAAAAAGAAAUAAUUUUGUAAGUGAUGAAUAUUUAUUUAUGUUUGAUAAUAUUAGUACAUUUAGCCAAUUAAAAAAUGCAGAUAAAAAAAGUAUACUCAAAAUGAGCAAUAUAACAAAUAACACAAUAUUCAUAACCCUUCUAACUUUUCUAUUUUAUAAUUAUUCAAAGUUUUAUUAUAAAAAACAAAAAAAAAACCCUAUAAAUCUUUUAGAAAAAAAAAAAAUUAAAAAUACUUGUACUACACAAGAUACAAUUAAUAACAACAACACAUCUAUACUUAUUGAUGGAUAUAACAACACUUCUAAUGAAAAUAUUGUCGAAUCUGAUUCUUCGAAUACUGAAGAUAUAAAUAUUGAUGAUGUUAUAAAUGAUCCAAUAAUAUGUGAAUUAAAUAUACAUGGUACUUCUAGUCAGGCAAAUUAUUAUUGUGUUAAUAAUAAAUUACAUAUUCCCGACACACCAUAUAAUAGAGAAAUGGAUAAAGAUAUUACUCUGAAUUCGAAUGAAAUAAGCAAACAAAAUAAUUUAUACCAAGCAAAACAGAUAGACCAAGCGAAACAGAUAGACCAAGCAAAACAGACAGACCAAGCAAAACAGAUAGAUCAAACAAAACAGAUAGAUCAAACAAAUAAUACACCAAUUUCACCACAUUGUGACAUAUCCACUAAUGAAGACAAUUUGAUAAAGUUGAAAAACAAAAAAAAAAUAAAAAAAAAAAACUUUAAUAAUAUAUUAUCAUAUAUUAUGCAAAAUGCUAUAAAAGAAAUUGAAAUAUUAAGAUAUAUUGAUGAAAAUUAUAAAAAUAUAAAUGAAAAAUUAAUAAUGAAUAAUAUAAAUGAUGACAAUAAAAAAGGAAGUACUCUUACCUUUAAAAAUGUUGAUUUUUAUAUUGAAAAAUAUCCAAAAAAUAAAAUUUUAUCAAAUAUUAAUUUACAUUUUAAUAAUAUAUAUACAUAUGGAAUAUUAAGCUAUAAUAAUUCAGGAAAAAAUGCAUUGACAAAAUUAUGCUCAAAAUUGUAUACCAAAACUUAUGGUAAUAUUCUUAUAGAUAAUGAAAAUAUUGAAAAUGUUUCAAAAUAUAUAUUAACAAAAAAAAUGUCAAUAGUUGAAGAAGAUACUUAUUUAUUCAGUGAUAGUGUAAUUUAUAAUAUUCUUUAUUCAUACAAUUUUAAAGAAAAAAAAAAUUAUAUUAAUAAUAAUUUAUCCUACUCCUAUUAUAAUAUAGAGCUGGAUAAAAAUAAUAUAAAAAAUUGUUUGCAUUUAUUUCAAAGUGAUAAUGAUAUUCUUCUAAAUAAAGAUAAAAUUAACGAAACUACAACUAGCCAACACACAGUUACACACACACCUGAUCAAAUUAUACAAGAUAAUUUAUUAUUAGAAAAAAAAAAUAUAAAAACAUGCCUUAUGUGUGGAGAUCAAAUUGAUACAGCUUUAUUUGAUCAUAAAAAUAAAAAAAUUAAUAUAUAUAAAAAAUAUAAAACACAUUUUAUUACCAAAUUAUAUAAAGAAAUAAUAAAAGUAUCCAAAAUUGUCUGUUUAGAUAGUUUAAUAAAUUCAUAUAAAAAUAAAUAUUUCCAUAAUAUUAAUUCCCAUAAUUUAUCAGGAGGACAAAAACAAAAAAUUUCAUUAGCUAGAGCUAUAAUUAAAAACCCAAAAAUAUUAAUUUUAAAUGAAGCUUUUAGUGCUUUAGAUUCAACAAAUGAAUUAAAUAUUUUUGCAAACAUAAAAAAAUAUCUCCCUAAUUCCACUAUUAUUAAUAUUUCACACAAAAUUACCACAAUUAAACAUUGUGAUUAUAUUUAUGUUUUAAAAAAUGGAAAAAUUAUUGAACAAGGGUUACGAACAAAAUUACAAGAAGAUAAAAACAGUGAAUAUUCGAAAAAACUCACCGAAUUUUAA